CUAACCUUUCCUGUGGCUCCCUACGUUAGCCAUACGUAGGUUCGUCUCCACGUCUAUUUCCUUAGGCUCCCAGUGUUAAAUACCAUAACCGAGAUUAAGCCCCGGCUACGCAGCCGCCCCCUCCGGCACGUAACAAGAUACACCGCCGGCAAAUACUUUGAAGAGCAUGAUGUAUCCGCAAAUACCGAAUUUGCGUUCCCUCGAAUACGGAAGGGAGAACGAGGCAAACGCCUUGCGGCAAUUAGAAGACGAAUUAGGAAUUCAUAUACUACCAUGUGGCCUCUUCAUCGAUGCCGUUGUGCCUUACUUAGGUGCAACUCUUGACGGCGUUGUAGACGAUGAUACCAUCGUCGAAGUAAAAUGUCCUGAAUCGGCGAAGGAUUUAUCGCCAGCUGAAGCAAUAGAGUUAAAUGUAUUGGUCUGGACGAGAAUACAUCCGAUGAAGAAAGCAAUGACAGUGUUAAUGAUGACUAUCGGAGGGAAGUGUUGAAACUCUUGACGAAAAUAACCAAGUAGAAAUUGAAAGAAGCGAAAAUGAUUUUGAGUCCGAUACAAAAUUGUUAUAAUUGGACACAUUUCAAGUAUGCCCUUCGAGUAUUAAAGUAUCUGUACUUAACAAGAGAUUUAAAAUUAAGAUUUAAAAGAAAUGAGAAUGUCGAAGCGUUAGAUUGUUAUGUAGAUGCCGACUGGGCAGGUGAUGUUUUAGACAGGAAGUCCACAUCUGGUUAUGUAAUUCGAAUGUACGGGAACGCAAUUCAUUGGAAAUCAAAGAAGCAAAAAUGUGUGACGAAGGCCUCGACAUAUGCUGAGUAUGUGGCGUUAUCGGAAGCAGUUAGCGAACUGAAAUUUAUAACAGAGUUAGUUAAAAUAUCUGUUUAAUUUGCAACAAAUACAUUUCAUUACCUAUUAAAGGACUCUCAUUUUGUACCCACACAGAAGAAAAUUAACAAACUCAAACCAGCAUUCAUAAUGUGAGUACCUGUACAUUCACGCUCCAAACCUCCCUCAUCCGUCCAGUUAGUCAAUGAUCAAGCAUCCAUCGCAAGUCACUCAUAUAAAUCAAUCACCCUCAUAUGUCCAAACAGCAUACUAGAAGAAAAACAGCAACCAGACAAAAACAAAAUACAGUAGCAUAAAAACAACAAACCAACAACCAAUCAAACUAUCAACGACAAUAACCCACCAUGGAAACCAUGCAGGAACACCUGUUACCAGCCAUCGAUGAAACUGAGGAACCAGACAGCCCCAUUCUGAACGAAAACCAUCACAUGUACAUAAACGGAGAGGAACUGCCAGAACCGAGCCCGUGUCAAAAGAUAUUCGUGAACUCUCAAAAACUGAACGAGGCCAUUAGCGAAGCAGUAGGUGCCGCUAUUUCGCGAGAGAUCAACAAAAUCCACCAGGAAGCCAUAUGGCAAAUGGCUGCCGCCACGAGGAUGCUUCGCCCUCUAACACCGCCUUCAAGACCACGCACAAGGCGCCCCCGCAAAAGGCCAACACCCCCACCAACAGAGUUCACCCACUAGCUUGGCCCGCCACUAUACGUAUAAAACUCAUAUCAACAGUACCAGCCAUACCAAUCACAUCAGCCAUAUCAAACCUGCCAGGUCAUGGAUGGCCAUUACAUCCCGUCAAUGGCGAAAACACCUAUCCACCUCAAUCGGCCCCAACGUACCCACCACCUUCCUACUGAUCUAUCAUAUCUGUCUUAAUCCGUUAACAAAAAUCGUUCACACACAAUCACCCUCCAACCCAUUCAUACUAACCUACAUUCCCCUUAAAAACCUGCCACUUGCCAUAAUUAAAAUUAAAAGAAAAACACCUUAGAAUAAGUUCAAUAAUGUACUCUAAUUAUAAUCUAAGCUUAAGUUUAAGUGUGCCUCUAAUAAAACAUUCUAAUCUUAAUUCAAUUCGAUUUAUCGUUCUAUAGUACUAUACCACCAUGUACACUUAAAUAUUUUAAUAAAAUGUUAUUCAAUCAAAUAUCACAAAUUUAAUCAAUAAUUCUCCCAAGAGAAAAGC